AACGUUCCGAAGAGAAGUGGUAACUUCACUGUGGUUUUCAGCUGAGCUCCGGACACAACACUUUAGCCAUGAAGGUAACAGCCCUCUUUCUCCUCAGUGCCUUGGCCAUGCUGAGUUUAUCUGGUCACGCGAGGGCUGAAGUCCCAGGAACACAGGCUAAGUGUAACCAUGAAGUGAGUGGGUGUACCAGAAACUAUAACCCCAUCUGUGGGACUGAUGGACACACUUACUCCAAUGAAUGCGAGUUAUGCAUGGAAAACAAGAGACGCAAGAUUCCUGUCCUCAUUAAAAAAUAUGGGCCUUGCUGAGAAGCAAGACUGUGAAAUCCUGUAAAACCACCAAGAUGUCUGGCUGGCCUAAUUGUUGAAUAAAAUGCAUCAAAGUAC